ACAGACAGACAGUGAGAAACUGAAAAGGAAAGCAGCACAACCAGGAAAAGAAAGAAAUUUGAGAGAAAAAAAAAAUCUUCUUUUUUCUUUCUUAUAAUCUUAGAAAAACACAUCUUAAGUCAUUUUUUCUCUAUUAUGAUGAAAUAUUAAAAUCCACACUAUUUGCAUUAUUUCUGCAAAUAUUUCAUCCAAUUUUUCUGCCUUGCAAAUGUUAGAAAUUUAGCACCAUUUUUGUCAUUGAAGAAGGAGAAAAAGAACUUUUUUUUUUAAAUUUAAUUUAGUUUUUCUCCAAAAAAAACUGCUUUUAAUUUGACUUGCAGAGCACCCAUGUCUUCCAAGUCCAAAUCUGGUGUAUCUGAUACUCCUAGCAGCAAGCCUGCACCAACUACACCUAGAGUUGCCAAGUUAGGUAAGGCAGGAACACUUAAAUCAGAUGCUGAUUCACCUCUUCCUGUUCAGAAUUCUCGGCUUUCGAUUGAUCGAACGUCGCCACGCUCUGUUACUUCGAAACCGACCAUUACUCGAACGUCUGUUCGAGUUUCAACACCAGAUAAGCUACAGCCGCGUAUAUUUAAGCCUUCAGAGUUGCAGGCGCAAUUAACAGCUGCCCAAGAUGAUCUGAAGAAGGCAAAAGAAAAGUCAGCUUUGGCUGAAAAAGAGAAGAAUCAUGCGCUUAAUGAGUUGAAAGAGGCAAAGAAACAAGCCGAUGAGGCCAAUCAGAAGCUUCAAGAGGCUUUGGUGGCUCAAAAGCGAGCCCAGGAGACUUCAGAGAUUGAAAAAUUCCGAGCUGUUGAACUGGAGCAAGCAGGAAUUGAGACUGCGCAGAAGAAAGAAGAUGAAUGGAAAAAAGAGUUAGAAGCUGUGAGGAGCCAACAUGCCAUAGAUAUGACUGCUCUGCUUACAGCUACUGAAGAGCUCCAAAGUAUUAAGCAUGAGCUGGUCAUGGUUACUGAUGCCAAGAACCAGGCCCUUACCCAUGCUGACGAUGCCACCAAGAUCGCUGAGAUUCAUGCCGAGAAGGUCGAAGUCCUCUCUGCUGAGCUUGCAAAGUUGAAGGGUUUGCUGGAGUCAAAAGAUGAUAUUGGAGAUUCUGAGAAUGGAUUAGUUGCAGAAUUGAGAUCAGAAUUGGGCUCUUUAAGGCAAGAAUUAGAAAGGGCUAAGAGCUUUGAGCAGGAACUCAGCGAGAAAGAAAAAUCUUAUGAGAAGAUCGUGGCAGCUUUGAAUUCAGAGCUGGAAACUAUUAAGGAAGAGCUUAGCAACGCAAAGACAUGUGAACAGGGCUUGGUUGAAAAAGAGAAGUCUUAUGAAAAGGUCGUGGCAGAACUUAAAUCGGAGAUGGUUUCCUUAGAAGAAGAGUUCAGGAAGGCUAAGAGUAGAGAACAGGAUUUGACUGAGAAUGAGAAGUCUUACGAAAAUAUCGUAGAAGAACUUAAAUCACAGUUGGGUUCUUUACAAGAAGAGUUUGAGAAGGCCAAGGCCUUCAAGCUAGAGUUGAUUCAGAAAGAAAAAUCCCAGGAGACAACUGUUUCUCAGCUACAGUUGGAAAUCAGUUCUUUAAAUGAAGAGCUUGUAAAUGCGAAGAAUUUUGAGGUAAAGUUGGCUGAAACGAAAGCUUCCUACAACCAGACUGUUUUGGAGCUCAAGUCAGAGAUAGAUUCUCUUAGACAAGAGCUCGAAAAGUCCAAGAGCUUUGAGGAGGAACUGGUUGAGAGAGAGAAAUCAAAUGAGAAAACUGUUAAGGGUUUUGAAUCGGAGAUUUAUUCUCUGAAGCAAGAGCUACAAGUUGCUAAGGGCUUCCAGGAGAAGUUGGUCCAGAAGGAAGAGGCUUAUGAGCAGCUACAUGUAGAGUUGGAGGCUGCAAGGAUGGCUGAAUCUUAUGCAUUGAACUUACUAGAUGAACGGAAGAGGAGAGCUGAGGAACUGGAAAAUAAGGUGGCAGAAUCACAUAGAUUGGAGAGAUCAGCGUCGGAAUCAUUAGAGUCGAUUCUGAAACAACUUGAAGGAAACAGUGACAAGCUUCAUGAUGCAGAAUGUGAAAUUGCAGCUCUUAAGGAGAAGGUUUCGUUGUUGGAAAUCUCACUUGAUAAUAAGAAAGGGGAUCUGGAGGAAUCAGAACAUCGUUUCGAGAAAGUAAAUGAGGAAGCUAGAGAAGCAGCUAAGGAGAUAGAAUCACUAAGGUCUGAGCUUGAAACCAUGACGGAAGAGAGAGCUCAGGCUCUGGAGUAUGAGAAGCAUGCAGCUUCUAGUGUUCAGGACCUGUUAGAAGAGAAAAACAAACUCAUUAAUGAGCUGGAAACCUUGAAAGAAGAAGAGGAGAAGAGCAAGAAAGCAAUGGAGAGCUUAGCUUCAGCUUUGCAUGAAGUAUCUGCUGAAGCAAGGGCGGCCAAAGAGAGUUUGUUAUCAAGUCAAGCAGAGCAUGAAAACUUUGAAGCUCAGAUUGAGCAUCUGCAGCUGGUUCUGAAAGCAACAAGCGAGAAGUAUGAAGCCACUAUUGAAGAUUCAAAACGAGAGAUUGACCACCUUACGAGCACAGUGGAACAAUCCAAGAUAGAUUUUGAUGUCCAAAUGGAAGAUCUGAAGGUGGUUCUGAAGGCAUCUAAUGAUAAGUAUGAGAGCAUGCUUGAUGAGUCAAAGCAGGAGAUCAACUAUCUCACAGAAAAGAUGGAACAAUCAACAUUAGAGCAUCAAAACCAAAAGGCUGCAUGGGAGGUAAAAGAGCUGGAGCUGAAGAACUGCAUAAAGAGGUUAGAAGAAGAAAAAUCAGUUAUCGAACGGUCAGGGUUGAAUCACGAGGACUCUAAGGCCGAGUGGGAAGAAAAGGAGCUCCAGCUUGUGAAUAGUGUAAAAAGAUCAGAAGAAGAGAAGUCUUCAAUGGAGAAAGAAAUAAUGAGGUUGGUGCACUUGCUUAGGGAAGCAGAGGAGAAGGCUAAUGCAUCACAGGAGGAAGGAUCUCAGUUGAGGAGUUCACUCAAGGAAGCAAUGUCAGAAACAGUUUCCCUAAAGGAAGCCCGUGAUGAUGCCCAGGCUGAAAGUUUGAAGUUGAAGGAGAUUGUGCAUGGUAAAGAAAAUGAAUUGCAAAAUAUCAUUAAAGAAAAUGAGCAGCUCCAGGCUGCAGAAGAUGCAAAUGCCUGGAAGAUAGAAGAAUUGACCAAAUUGCUUGAAGAAGCCAAGUCAUACCAACAAACCCGAGAAAAUGGUGAGCUCUCAGACAGUGAUAAAGACUACGAUUUGCUCCCAAAAGUGGUCGAGUUUUCUGAAGAAAAUGGACACUCUGGUGAAAAUAAGCCUAAGAUUGAGCUUCUACCCCAGCAAACAGAUGUAAGUGAGAAGCAAUCACCUGCUGAAAUGAGCAAUGGUGUUAGUGAGGGAGCUCAAACGAAUGUUUUAUCUGGGCCCGAAAAUGGGAAUGGUCAUCCCACCGUGGCAGAGAAUAAAGAGAAGGCACAAGAUGAAACUCCAGAAUCUGAAGCAAAGAUGUGGGAAAGCUACAAGAUUGACAGAGAUUUCUCAACAGAGAUGGAAACAGAACAAGGUUCUUUGGACGACGAAGUUGAUUCCAAGGCUGAACAUGCUGAGACCCUUGAUCAGAAUAACGACCUUCCAUCAGAUAACAGUGCAAACUCUGACUCAAAGAAGAAGAAAAAACCUCUAUACCGGAAGUUCGGAAAUCUACUCAAGAAGGGGAUUAGCCCCCAAAAGUAGGUAUUUUAGGGACUGCAAGACAGCAGGUAAGAAUAUGUUUGUUCUUUAGCUUCUUUUUAAUAUGGGGAAGUAUGAAGAAGCUUGUAUUAUUUCUAGAUUCUUUAUUUCUUUUUUCUCAAGGUUGAGCCCCCCUAAGGAGUAAUGAGUAUGUGAUGUGUUUUCUUAUCCCUUGGUUUGACCCUGUGGCUUUGUAUUGGACAGAAAGGGAUUAUAAAAUUUGUUCUUAAUCAAGAUGUUUAUUUCUAGUAAAAGUGAUCUGAGUACUACUGUCAUUUCACUUCUAGGCUUAUACUUAUAUGAUAGUUAUAUGAUCAUUUGAUUCAA